UUGAUUGCAUUUACAUCACAUUUAUCUCCCGCAUGACCAUUACUUUUGUUCCUGGUGAGGUCAACAAAUCACCUUAUUCGGUCCUGCAAGCUUUAUGGAAGUCUCAUCACAUAAUAGCUUACGGAUCAGGGAAUAAUUUGAUAUUAUCAACUAUAAGUAAAACUAGUCAAGAUUCAUCAUCUAAGGAUAUUCAGAGUAAUCAUUUACAAACGGUUUAUCUUGAGUCAGACCCUACAGCAGUAAGCAUCAAUUCAAAUAAUGGUCUAAUUGCGACCGCUUUGAAUAAUAAACUUUUCAUUUUUAAACCAGUCAAUGAGUACAUGUCAAAACCCCAAUGGCUGGAAGCUCUCGUUAUUUCCAAUGGAAAAGAUAACUCCUCGAUCAAUUGCUUACUGUGGGCUAUAAAUGAAGAUGAAUUGGUUGUGGGAAGCGAUGAAUCUUUGACCGUUUACCAUAUAUUUAUAGAAUAUGGAACAGUCAAUUUCAAUCAGCGUUUUUGCAAGCUACAAUCCAGUCCUAUUCAUGACAUUAGACUCACCUCCGACUCAGCUAGGAUUAUGACUUACAGUACUCGGAGAUUUGAUAAUUUAAUCAAAUUUUGGUCCAGAAUAAGUUUUAAUGACGAUCAGUCUCUAUUUGAAUUGACUUAUUUGAAACACCCAAACGGAUCUUGGGUGAAAGAUGCAAAAUGGAGAAAUAAAAACCCAAAUUUCUCUCAUAAUAAUCAAAUAGAUGCCUCAAUGGCAAAUAUCAAAAAUAUAAGAAGCUAUAUUGGUGAUUCGAAUAAUGAUAAUGACAUACUUUAUACCUUGACCAAUGAUAAUGUAAUUAGGGUUUGGUCCACCUUCGAGUUCAGUGGUCGUAAUCACAUAAGGUGUUGGAACGAGCUCGACCUUCGAAAUUAUAUGAUCAGUGGUGAAGAUGUUUCAGGAAUUGAGAUUUUUGAUAGUUCCUAUCUUAGAAGUUCGUUGGUACCACUACUUCAAAAUACAGAUGAGGGUCUUUUUAAAUGCAUAGAUACCACCCGUGAGUUCGAUUUGAUAUUUGUGACUAAUAGAGCGGGACAAGUCUCAAUCUUUGCUGUGACAGAUCUUAAUGGAAACCCACCAAAUGGAAUUAAGUUUACUAAGCUAGGUGGAAGUUUCAAGCUUGAUGUGAACUCGUUCCCACUUUCAACUAAAAUCUCAAAAUUUGAAAGCAUUAGUAAAGAAUUUAUCAAAUCACAAGAAUUCAAUGUUAAUCUCAAUCCAGUCAUUUUUUCACAAAGCUCAAUAUUUCAUAAUGAUGAUGUUUGUUUACUCGUUCAUGAUCGUAUCAAAGAUACUAUAAGAGUAAAUUUAUUUAAUUUUAAGCAUUUGAUAGAAGAAAAAGAUGAUUAUAUAGGUUGUCAACUCAUAAACAAAUUCCAAGGACAUACUAAGUCAAUAAGAAAAUUGGUUACUUCGUCCUCAUAUUCUAAAAGUAACAUACUUUUAUCUAUUCUGAAUUUUCCGGAGCACAAUUAUAUUUGGGAACCUUUACUUUUGAAUCCUAAAAAGAAGCAAAGCAUGUCUGUAACUAAACGGUUCCAAGUUGAUGUUAGACGCGGAAUAUCUUCGGACCCUCACCAAGAAGGAAUUUGGGAUGCCAUUCUAAUUAAUGAUAUCAGACCGAGUCUCAAUAACAGAAGACGCCAUUUGGUGAUUACUUCUGAAAGGGGAGGAUAUCUCAGUUUCUGGAGCUGUAAUGGUAUUAAACAUGAUGAUGAAGCGGCUCAGUUAGUACAGAGAGUUGCUAUGUUAAAUGAUACUGGUGAUCAUAUACAUGAAGAACCCAAAUCACUUCUAUUGAUCAACUCUCAUGAAGAUGAAUAUUGUGCAAUCAGUAUUUUCAAUGAAAAGCUCAUAAAGGCUUGGAAAUUUAAUGUCUCGGAUGAUGACGAUGAUAUCAAAAUAGACAUUCAAGACUUGAGAGAAAAUGUAGAACCUUUGGCCCACAUAUCAUCAAUCCACAAAAUUUCCACAAUCGAUUCAUUUACGUCUAAUAAUUUGGUGUCUAUAAUAGAUGAGAAGGGUACCUUGAGAAUAUUAUCUACCCAUUUUGACAAUAGUAAGGUCUAUUGGAAGGAAUUAAAGAAAAUACAUACUAAUAUUUCCAAUGCCAGCAAAAUUCAUGGUUCUUCUAUCAUUAAAAGAUUUGCUAUUGUUGAUGAAAAGGGUUCUAAAUUGACUAUUUGGGAUACUAAGUCUGGGAUUCUUGAGUAUGAAGAAGAACUACCAGAAAACUAUGGGCCUGUUCGAGACCUUGACUGGACAUUCGUUGAGUCUACCUUUGAUCAAUCAUCUAAUGCCAUUCUUUCUGUUGGUUUUGCAAGAUUUGUUCUAUUGUAUACUCAACUAAGAUACGAUUAUACCAAUAAUAUACCAACCUUUGCUGUAUUGAAAAAAAUUGACAUAUCUGAUUAUACGUCUCAUUUGAUAGGUGACCUGAUUUGGAUAGAUGAUGGAUUCUUAGUAAUUGGUUGCGGUAAUCAAUUCUUUAUAGACGAUAAGUGGGUGAAAUUAGGUUCUUCACAAUCCAUAGAUUACCUCAUAAAACAGUUGGUGGUCGGCUAUAAUAGCGGUUCAGGUAGCGAUAAUGAAAAUUAUGAGAUUUCACAUCUAGUGAAAAUAUUGAAUGGUCCAUUACCUGUUUACCAUCCCCAAUUUUUAAUCCAAGCACUCUUCAUGAAUCAAACAAAAUUAGUUCAAGACAUUAUUGUGACUUUGUUCAAAGCCUUACGAAAGGAUGAGGCUAUCAAAUGGGACUUAAAUAUAAACAUGGAAAAAGAAAUCCUUAGCACAAAGGAUAAUAAUGGAUUAGCUUAUUCAUCAAUGCAUCAAAAUACAUUGGGAGAUGUAUUUGAAAAUUUUACACCAACGCUACUGGACCUAUUAAUAGAAAAAUUGACAAAGACUUCAUUGCCUUUGUUAACAAGACAUCAGCAAAUCACCUUGAUUCUGGUUAUUACAAUCUUGAAAAAAUUGUAUGAGAAUAACUCCAUGGACGAAAAUGGGGCCAGAUUUUUAAUUGGAUUCAAAUUAUUCCAGUCCAAUCUGAAACAGCUUAAGCUUACCAUGAGAGAUAUAAACUGGGCACUUCACAGUGAUAAUAGAGAAUUGAUUUAUGGAUACAUUGAAGAUCAAUUUCAACAUAGAAUUACCUGGGAUAUCGCCAAAAAAGUGGGUAUAGUAUAUUGGAUCAAUGAACGGGAAAAAUUGGUACAAAUCGUUGAAAAAUGUGCUAGAAAUGAUUUUAGUACUAACCGGGAUCCUUCAGGAUUGAUUACUCUAUUUUUCUUAUCAAUCAGAAAGAAGCAAAUACUUCUAGGCUUGUGGAAAACUACAACUCAUCCAGAGAAGCAAAAAAUGUUGAAAUUUUUAAAUAAUGAUUUUAGUCAGCCCAGAUGGAAGUCUGCUGCAUUGAAAAAUGCAUUUGUUUUGUUGGGAAAACAUAGAUAUUUGGAUGCAGCUUGCUUUUUCUUAUUGGCUGAUAAACCUAAAGAUUGCUGUAUCACUUUGGCAAAUAAAAUUGAAGAUAUUGAAUUAUCAUUAUUGAUUGCAAAAGUUUAUGAUAACUCCAGUGAAUCUUUGGUUAAUAUUAUAGAGAAUAAUGUUUUACCAACAACAUUAAAGGAAGGAAAUAGAUGGAUCACAAGUUGGAUUUUUUGGGAAUUAAAUUUGAAGCAAUUAUCGAUACAGGCUUUAAUUAAAUCACCAAUUUCAAUAGUCAAUGCUAAUAAGGAUAAAUUUUCCGAAGAUUUUUACAAUAACCAUUUGAAAAAUCUAAUCUUGGAUAGUAGCAGUAGACUGUUUUUGCAAGAUGAUCCAGUUUUAGCUAUCUUGUAUAACAACUUGAGAAGACGGAAAGUUAAUUAUCUCGAAGGAUCAUUCUCUAUUUCUCCAGCUGCAGAAUUUGAAUUUGUUAUAAAAGUAGCCUCAAUCUAUACUCGAAUGGGUUGUGAUUAUUUGGCGUUAUUAUUAGUAAGAGAUUGGGAAUUCAAAGAAUACAAUGACGGUAAAACGAAGGUUGCAGAUACUAAAGACGAUGAUAAUGAUAUUUUCAAAGAGUUUAAACCAACUCUUGCUCCACCUCAGCCAACUACAUUUGAAGAACCCGAUAUUAUGAGUUCAUUUGAUUUUUGAAUAAGUAAAUUAUAUAUUCAAUGCAUAGUAU